UUCUUAACCCACAAAGAAGUUUGAAAACAAGGACAACAGAGGUGUAAAAAGAGGAAACUCUCUCCCUAGUCUUUUUAGAUUCCCAUGGGCUCUUUCAUUUCUUUAUUUUCUUUAGCUUUUCAAUUCUAUCCAAUCAAUAUCAAAACCCCAAAUUACAGGGAUUCCCAAGAUCUUUUAUUUAUUUUUAAUUUGUUCUCUCACUUGAAUUCAACACCGCAAAGAAAAUCAAUUCAUCAUUAUAGCUUCUGAUGAUCAUCAAUCAAUCCUCCAAUCACCAUAACUGGAUCUCUCUUAAGCAAAGAUGAUCAAAACAAUCUUGUUUUUCGCUUUUAUUGCUCCGGCGAUCGUCGCUCACUCUCCGGCCAAUUGCAGCCGAUCAUGCGGUGGUGCUCCGCCGUACUUCCCAUUUCCGUUCGGGUUCUCCGCCGGCUGCCCAAUCCAAUUACAAUGCACCGCCAACGGCACCGCCGUGAUCGACGGUUUUCCGGUCCAAACCGUCACAUCCGACACCAUCCUGAUCAACCUUCCGGCCCAAUGCAACCGUCCGAUUCAAUUCCUCGGCGGCCUCUUCACCCAAAACUACGCACCCACUUCGAAAAACGGAAUUCUGCUGCAGAACUGUACAUCACCCAUCACGGCCUGUGUGAUUCCGACCACGAUGGUUCAAACCCACUUUGAAUUGCUCGAUUGUGGAUCGAGGAAGAAGAACAAUAUUAGUUGUUAUUCGGAGCAGAACAAAGAGAAUGAGUUUAUUAAUUAUUCGAAUGUAAAGAGUCAAGGGUGUGAGUCUCUGUUCUCGGCGAUCUCGGUUUCGUCGAUGGGGAAUAGUUCGGCGGUGUCGUUGGAUGUUCAGGUGGUUCAGCUUGGGUGGUGGCUCGAUGGGGACUGUAUGUGUUCGGGCAAUGCGAAUUGUACGAAUGUUUCGUCGCCGACUGAUGGAGGGCGAGGAUAUCGGUGCCAGUGCUUGGAUGGGUUCGUCGGAGAUGGGUAUCGAGAUGGUUUGGGCUGCCGGAAAGACUCUUCAGCGUGCAACCCUGCAAAGUACAUGUCAGGUGAAUGUGGUAGUACAACUCGAGUCGGUGUUUUAGUUGGAGGAAUCGCUGCAGGAGCUUCUUUAAUGGUUAGUGUGGGUCUAGCAUGUUGUUUUAUUCGAAAGCGUUCCAAAUUAAAUCACAAGAAGAGAGCAGAACGCCGAUUAUAUGAAUCUUCAGGAAUUUGCAUUCCCAUUUAUCCCUAUAAGGAAAUCGAGAGAGCCACCAAUUUCUUCUCUGACAAACAACAACUAGGAACUGGUGCUUAUGGGACAGUUUACGCAGGAAAACUCAACAAUGACGAAUGGGUAGCCAUUAAAAGGAUCAAACAAAGAGACACAGACAGCAUUGAGCAAGUGAUGAAUGAGAUUAAACUCCUCUCCUCUGUAAGCCACCCGAAUCUCGUACGCCUCUUAGGUUGCUGUGUAGAAAAAAGUGAACAAAUCCUCGUGUAUGAGUUCAUGCCAAAUGGAACCUUAUCUCAUCACUUGCAUGAAGAUCGAAGCAAUGGACUUUCUUGGCCGGUUCGCCUCACCAUUGCCAUGGAGACUGCUCAAGCCAUAGCUUUCCUACAUUCAUCAAUGAACCCCCCAAUAUAUCAUCGAGACAUCAAGUCGAGCAACAUACUUUUGGACCACAAUUUCAAAUCCAAAGUCGCAGAUUUUGGGCUUUCUAGGCUUGGUAUGACUGAAUCAUCUCACAUUUCCACCGCCCCUCAGGGGACACCAGGUUAUCUUGAUCCUCAGUACCAUCAGAACUAUCAUCUUUCUGAUAAAAGCGAUGUCUAUAGCUUUGGAGUUGUUCUUGUGGAGAUCAUAACAGCAUUAAAGGCAGUGGACUUUAAUCGGUCCCAGAAUGAAGUGAAUUUGGCUUCUCUUGCAGUGGACAGGAUCGCGAAAGGAAAGUUGGAUGAGAUAAUUGACCCAUUACUUGAAGCACAGACAGAUGCGUGGACACUUUCAUCGGUGCACAAGGUGGCUGAGCUGGCAUUUAGAUGCCUUGCAUAUGACAGAGACACGAGGCCUUCAAUGAUUGAAGUAGCGAUUGAAUUAGAGCAAACUGGGCUCAGUAGAUGGGCAUCUUCAGAAGGAAAUGUAAUAGUUUCGUCAAAUGCAUCAUCUUACUCUUCAUCAUCUAACAUUAGCGAAAAACCACUAGGCGUAACUCUUAAGAAGCCCGAAUUGGAUGAUAGAGGUCUGUUUGCGAGGCAGUUUAGGGCUAAUAGUGUCAAGUCAAUAGACGGAAUGAAGGAUUUUAGCCCUGUUUCUGUGCAGGACCAUUGGUUAAGUGAAGAAAGCUCGCCUUCAUCAAGCAGUUUGCUCAGUAAUGUUGCUCAGUGAUCUAAUACUGCUCUUUUGAAUCAUUUGAAUUGCAUUUCAAAGGUAAUUGUUUUGCUUUGCAGGGAAAAACGUGAAAUGACUUUUUUGGCCUCAUAGAGCAAGAUAAGUGAACCACAACUUCUCUUGUUAA